AUGCACCUCAAUGGCUCGGUGCCCGGACUACCCGGCGCGCCCGGCUCUGGCUCAUUCGCUCUGUCACCGUCGGGGCUGGAGGCUGCGCUCCUGGCCCUGAGCUCCCAGAACAGCUCUGGCAACGCGACGGAGCACGUCUUGGCGGCGCCCAGCAGCGACCUGGAUGUGAACACAGACAUUUACUCCAAGGUGCUGGUGACGGUCGUGUACCUGGUUCUUUUCGUAGUAGGCACGGUGGGCAACUCCGUGACGGCGUUUACGCUGGCGCGCAAGAAGUCUCUGCAGAACCUACAGAGCACGGUGCACUACCACCUGGGCAGCCUGGCGCUGUCCGACCUGCUCAUCCUGCUGCUUGCCAUGCCUGUGGAGUUGUACAACUUCAUCUGGGUGCACCACCCCUGGGCCUUCGGCGAUGCCGUGUGCCGCGGCUACUACUUCCUGCGAGAUGCCUGCACCUACGCCACGGCCCUCAACGUGGCCAGCCUGAGCGUGGAGCGCUACCUGGCCAUCUGCCACCCCUUCAAGGCCAAGACUCUCAUGUCCCGCAGCCGCACCAAGAAGCUCAUCAGCGCAGUCUGGCUAGCCUCGGGUCUGCUGGCCGUGCCCAUGGUUUUUGCCAUGGGUCAGCAGAACCGCAGCGCCGACGGCCAGCACCCCGGAGGCCUGGUGUGCACCACCGUGGUGGACACCGCCACUGUGAAGGUCGUCAUCCAGGUCAACACCUUCGUCUCCUUCGUGUUUCCCAUGGUUGUCAUCUCAGUCCUGAACUCUAUCAUCGCCAACAAGCUGACUGUCAUGGUACGCCAGGCAGCCGAACAGGGCCAGGUCUGCACCGUCAGGGGCCAGCAAACUACGUUCAACCUGUCCAUCGAGCCUGGCAGGGUGCAGGCCCUGAGACAUGGCGCCCGGGUCUUACGUGCAGUGGUCAUUGCCUUUGUCGUAUGCUGGCUGCCCUACCACGUACGCCGUCUCCUGUUUUGCUACGUGUCAGAGGAGCAGUGGACCCCGUUCCUCUAUGACUUCUACCAUUACUUCUAUAUGCUGACCAAUGCGCUCUUCUACGUCAGCUCCACCAUCAACCCCAUCCUCUACAACCUCGUCUCUGCCAACUUCCGCCAGAUCUUCCUGUCCACGCUGGCCUGCGUCUGUCCCCUCUGGUGGCGCAGGAGAAAGAAGCCAGUGCUCUCAAGGAAAACCAACAGCGUGUCUAGCAAUCACACCUUCUCCAGCAAUGUCACCCGGGAGACGCUUUACUAG